CUUGAUCCUUCUUCAGUCUGCUAGCUGUCCGCUUCACCGCUUGUCUUAGAAUUCAUACCAAUCACUAUCGGUUCGGUCUCGUUGCUUUCCCGAAACUCAAUCAGGAAGCCCGAUCGGUACAACUUUUCACAAGCCCGAAGACUAGACCAAAAGGGAGGGAAAAAUGAGCUUUGUCCGAUCCGUAUUCGCUCCGGCCGUCAGGCUCUCUCGAACACCUAGAUUCAUCUCCAGGACUCUGGCUACCCAAGCACCCUAUCCUGCCGCAUCCACCUCGACGUCAACUUCAACGCCCGAGCCGCUCUCAGAAGGCGUUGUAGGAGGAGUUGAAGGUCUCACUGCGCAGCCGGUCUUUCCUGGUGGGGAUGUGGACGUGACGGAUAGCGUAUUGAAAAUGUUGGAGAGCGAGGAUGGUCUUUCAGGAGAAACAAACUCGCUGUUGUCCAAACCUAUCAGCUACCUCCCUAUCUCCUCGCUCGCCUCGCCCAACCCGACCCUCCCCAGCCCGGAGGAACUCGCCGUUCCCCUCCCUCCGACCGUCUUCGCGCAACCGUUGAGGCGAGAUAUCCUGCACAGAUGUUCCGUUUACUACCUCGCCAACCUUCGACAGGGCGCGGGAUCGAGCAAGACUCGAGCAGAGGUAGCGUACUCUGGACGAAAACUGUACAGGCAAAAGGGUACCGGAAAGGCUCGUGCGGGUAGCGCUGGGAGUGGAACCCGUCGAGGAGGAGGAACGAUCCACGGUCCUCAUCCUCGAGAUUUCACCCAGCUGUUGCCCCGAAAAGUCCGCCAACUUGGACUACACGUCGCCCUCUCAUCCAAGCUCUCCAGCGGACUGUUGAGGAUCGUCAACGAUCUAGGCGAGGCUCAGUGGAAGAGGACGAGAAACGCCGUCGCGGCUCUGGCCGAUGACAAGGCUGGCGUAAAGGAUUCGAUGUACGAAGCUGAAGAGGAGGAACAGGUCGGAGAAGCCGACGAGCAGGCCGUGAACGCCGAUACGAGUCGACAGGUCCGAUUCGGACAUCCGGACGAGCUGUCCAUCCUCUUCAUCGCUGGACCUCCAACGACGGAAAAGGAAUACAGUGACUUGAUCAAUAUGGCCCGGUGUGUGAACAAUGUGCCCAAGGUCGAGGUCAUCCCUGUGGAAGAGGUCGAGGCGUACGAGGUCUUGAGGAGAAAGUGGGUCGUGCUGGACGUCAGAGCGGUCGAGCUUGAGAGUGGCGAGACGGAGGGCGCGGGUCUGGCUGGGUCAGAGGUUCAGACCGAGGCUGCUGGUAUCGAGAACCGACCGGUUGCUUGAACGGGAGACAAGCACUUUGUACGAUACGAUAUACUUUAUGCAUGAUCAGAGUCUCAGCAUAUAUUCGGGUGAGAGCUUUAUGUGACAAUCGUGAAGAAGCACAUGCCAUUCCAGAGUAUCCC